CAUGCACCUCGCUUAUUGUUUUGCUUCUUCUUUUUACCUUCAUCAAGACCCCCCACGACAACGGCCUACGUUGUGGCGUUGGCUGGUCAGAAGGCUAUAGAUGUCUGCUUCCAAUGGAUUCUCGAAUAACAGUAAUUCAACGAAGAGCUUUCUGACCGCUCUUAUCGCCAAUGCUGCCUUACUCGCCGUUGAAGUUGUUGCUUUUGUGGUUUUGAAGGCCAAGUUGGGGAGGAUCUAUAGUCCGAGGACGUUCCUACCGCCGCCAGAUAAACGGUCGAAGGAACUUCCGAAAGGAUGGUGGAAGUGGUUACCAGCGACGCUGCAAUCGCCUUCGAUGGAGAUUAUUCAUAAGAAUGGGCUAGAUGCAUACAUGUUCUUACGGUUCAUAAAGAUGCUUUGCACUAUAUUUCUGGUCUACACGGUAGCCAGUUUUCUCGUUAUAGUUCCAAUCGACGUUAUAGGUUUGCCUGAAACUAAGCGGGAUAUUGAACGGAUUACCUGGACGAACGUUCAAGGUCAAACUCGCUUUGCUGCUCAUAUAGUCGUCGUCUAUCUCAUGACAUUUUUCAUCUUCCACAUGGUUGGUCGCGAAAUGUCCCACUUCGUUCACAUGCGCCACGAGUUCCUAAUCAGCUCAACGUAUUCCCGACUCGCGCAAGCCCGAACGGUUUUGAUCACCUCUGUUCCAGAAGAACUCGCCAACGAACACGACCUUCGUCAGUUCGCUUCGUUUGUACCUGGUGGUGUCGAUAAGGUUUGGAUAUACCGCGAUACCAGAUCUCUCAAUGCGUUAUUUGAAGAACGACAGAAGGUCUGCGAUACAUUAGAGGCGGCGGAAGCGACCAUUCUAAGGAAAGCUGCAAAAGCGUGGAAUGCGAAGCGUAAAGCACACAAGAAAAUGGUUAAGAGGAAGAAGAAGUCAUCAGAUGUGGAGAAGCGGUUGAGUGUGGGUGACCUGAAGGAGGAUUUGGAUAUAAGUCAACCCUCGAGGGAGUUUCUGGAUGAGCUGGUGCCUCUUGAAAAGAGGCCUAAGCAUCGAUUGGGCUUUUGGGGUCUGUUCGGGAAGAAAGUGGAUACCAUAGAGUGGUGCACUGAAGAAAUAGCUCGGCUCAACAAAGAUAUCCAGGCAACCCGCGCGCGUCACGUCGAGGGAAAGUUUCUGGGAAGCGUUUUCAUCCGGUGCAACUUACAAAUAGGUGCCCAUAUUCUGGCGCAGUGUGUCAGCUACCACGAACCUUUGAUGAUGUACGAUAAAUGGAUGGAAGUGCAUCCUAAGGACAUUGUUUGGCGCAACCUCGACGACGGAGCGUUGGAAAUGCGUGGACGAUAUGUUACCUCGUGGGCUGCGACGAUUGGGUUGAUCAUUCUGUGGUUCUUCCCGGUUGCCGCGAUUGGAACGUUGAGUAAUUUGGAUGAUUUAUGUCGGAAAGUCACCUGGCUGCGAUGGGUUUGCGAAGCACCCAAUCCAGUCCCAGGCAUUGUCCAGGGUAUUCUUCCGCCUGCAUUGUUGGCUCUCUUGUUCGCUUUGCUACCCUUCAUACUCAAAUUCCUUGCAUGGUAUGAAAAUAUACCCCGAUGGUCUUUAAUUUCAAUCGCUGUAUAUCACCGUUUUUUCCUUUUCCUCUUGAUACACGGUUUUUUGAUCGUCACGCUCUCCUCCGGUAUAACCAAGGCUAUUGAGGAUAUCAUUCAAAACCCCACUUCUACGAUUCAGACGCUGGCCUAUGAACUGCCUGGAGCUUCGAUAUUCUUCUUAACCUACAUGGUCUCUCAGGGUCUUGCAGGGGCUGGCGUUGCCCUGUCUCAACUCAUACCGCUGGUGCUUCAUUUUAUCAAGAAGUGGUUCCUCGGAAGAACUCCCAGGCAGGCCUAUUCUGUUACUUUCUUGAUGCCCUCAGCUGAUAUCGAAACCACACUUCCUCGGCUGUCAUUGUUGGCCACUAUUGGAUUUGCUUAUAGCGUGUUGAACCCGUUGAUCAAUGCGUUGGCGUUUAUGUCAUAUGGAAUGUUUUAUGUCGCGUACAAACUGCUAUUCACUCAGGUCUUUGAUCAACCUGAUGACCGCGAAACUGGAGGUCUAUAUUUCCCCAUGGCUAUCUCAAACCUAUUCGUGGGAUUAUAUAUCCAACAGAUCUGUAUGGCUGCGUUGUUUUUCCUCAAGACCAGCGAGAAAGAUGCUAGAGUAGCGGCGUUGGCUGAAGGUGUUUGCAUGCUGGUUUUGUUGGUGGUUACGGUGUUCGUGCAAGCCUAUUUCCAGAGGAGUUUUCAACCUAUCACCAAAUUCCUUCCCAUGUCAAUUGCGACGAAGAAGAUGGCAAAGAGAUACGAGAUGGGGAGAAGGAUGAAGGGAGCUCAGGUUUCUUCCCAUGAUGAGGUGGAGAUGGAUUUGUUCAGUUCAGAGCAGAUCAGACUCCGCAGAAGAAUCACGAAGAUCCCAAAGAAGUUAGAUACGACUCUUGAUCAUCUCAAAGCCAAAGUCAAAGCUUCCGCUACCCCCGCCGGUUACAAUGAGAAACUGAAGGAGUCACCGCUUACGCCGAGUCCUACGAAGAAGUGGGAAGAUAUCGAGUUGACUCGGCUUACGAGGAAGUCUGGGGAGACGAUGACAGCGGAGAUGCCGAGGACAAGUGAAGGAGGCAGCACUCCCGAGACCGUGUUUUCUGGGGAGAAGCUUCAGAUGGAAGCUGAGGUGGUGACUUCGAAUCCCCCUCCGUUGGAAGGUGCACCAGAGCUGUACCGUUUAGCGUCGAACGAAUCAAAGGCAUCGAAAGCCUCGAAAGCGAGUAACACCAGUAAAGCAAGUAAGAAAUCCAAAUCUGCUACGGUCAGGUUUGAUCCUCCCGCUCCUGCGGGGGUCGAUCUGUCGGAUGACGAGGAUGAAGGCGAGGAUGAAGAGAUGCAGGACGAACAUGCGUUUGAUCAUCCUUCGACAUAUGAAGAGCAGAGGUGGAUUUGGGUGCCGAAGGAUACGUUGGGGUUGAGUGAGAUUUUGGUUAACGAGCUUCAUGAGAAGGGGGUUGAUGCGAGUGAUUCGGGAGCAGUUAUGGAUGAGAAAGGGGUGGUGGAGGUUACUAGAAAUCCUCCGGAUCAGGAGUGGAUAGGUGGGCAUAAUAGGUAA